AUGGAGCACUUGUGUAUUUUAGAGCUUUCUAUUGCCCAUCCAGAGUUGGAACCGGCAAUUUCAAAGUUAUUGGAGUGGAUUUAUGACAACAAUAACUCGAAGGCAUUCUGCCAAGAGAUAACCUCAAGUGUAGGAAGGUUUAGUCUUCGGGAGAAAGAGGAGUUCACUGGAAGAACUGGGGGCAAAGAGAGCUUCAAUAAUGCCAUGGUAGCUAGACAAGCAUGGAGGCUGGUUCAGACUCUACAAUCUUUAUGGGCCCAAGUCCUCAGAGCUAAAUACUACGCAGGGCAAUCAUUGUGGCAAUUAAAACCCAAAGCUGCUAGCUCAUAG